AUGCCCAAUGUGCCUAGCAUUAUGCCCCAUGAUAGUUUCCUGGCGUUGGACAGGUACUUCAACGCCUCCAACCGAAGAGCCAUACCCUGGAAUAACCCUGACCGCCUCAUCUUAGUCCGCCCAGUGUUGGACUACAUUCGUGAACGGUCCCAUUUUCUCGUAGUUCCUUCCAAGAACCUUUCUUUGGAUGAGGGGAUGAUGCCAUACAAAGGGCGUCUAAGUAUAAAAGUGUACAACACCAAGAAGCCAAAGAAAUAUGGUGUGAAGUUAUUUUUUAUUACGGAAUCCAACACUGAAUACGUCGUGGACUUCUCUGUGUAUUCCGGGGUCUUCUCCACGCUCCGUGACACUGUCUUCGGUCUUGUGGAUCGUUUCCGUAACCAGGGAUACCACAUGUUUAUGGAUAAUUAUUAUAACUCGUGGUACCCUUCGGUUGGUGCGUGGGGCCCCGAAUGUCCUCAAGAGGUUCGCUAG